UAUCCGAAGUUGUCAUUUUAGUCUAGACUCAAAAAACUCAUGAUAAUUGUAAAUUGUGUACGAGAAAUUGAAUUGAAUUGAAUUGAUACGAUACAUAUCAUUCAAUCUUUUCGAUUCUCAAAAGUGAGUCUACUCAUUACCUGACUUUAGUUCGGAAACCAACAUCCGCGGCAGCGCCACCGUGUAUUCCGAACCCUAGCCUACCACAUUACUAAAUGGCGUAUGGUGGUGGUGCAGCUCCUGUUGGUGGUUCGAAUUUGACACCGGUAAUUAAGCAAGUCAAAUUGGAAAAGGAAUGCGAACUGAGAAUUGAAGUCGGUAACGACGCGCCUCUUCGCCUUCGUCUCCUCAAUGGCACUGCUGAGAUUUUCGGCACUGAACUUCCCCCUGAAAUCUGGCUCAAUUUUCCUCCUAGACUCAAGUUUGCUGUCUUUACUUGGUAUGGUGCGACCAUUGAAAUGGAUGGUAAUACUGAAACUGAUUAUACUGCGGAUGAGACACCAAUGAUUAGUUAUGUUAAUGUGCAUGCUAUAUUAGAAGGAAGAAGAAGUCGCACCAAGGCUUUACCAUCAGAUGACUCUAUAUUGUCUCAGGGCCCUAGGGUGAUUGUUGUAGGACCUACAGAUUCUGGAAAGAGUACGCUGUCAAGGAUGCUUCUUAGUUGGGCAGCUAAACAAGGUUGGAAACCCACCUUUGUUGACUUGGAUAUUGGCCAAGGAUCUAUAACAAUUCCUGGAUGCAUUGCUGCUACUCCAAUUGAAAUGCCCAUCGAUCCUGUGGAGGGAAUUCCUCUAGAAAUGCCUCUCGUUUAUUUUUAUGGACACACUACUCCGAGUAAUAAUGUAGAAUUGUAUAAAGUGAAUGUCAAGGAGCUUGCGGGGAUGCUGGAGAGACAAUUUGCUGGAAAUGCUGAAUCUCGAGCUGCAGGAAUGGUGAUAAAUACCAUGGGAUGGAUAGAGGGAGUAGGCUAUGAUUUGCUAUUGCAUGCAAUCCGUACAUUCAAAGCAAAUGUUGUCUUGGUAUUGGGUCAGGAAAAACUGUGCAGCAUGCUCAGAGAUGUGCUUAAGGGUGAGCCUAAAGUAGAUGUAGUGAAACUUCAGAGGUCAGGUGGAGUUGUAUCUAGGAAUGCGAAGGUCCGCCAGAAGGCCAGAAGUUAUAGGAUAAGGGAAUACUUUUAUGGCCUUGCAAACGAUCUUUCUCCUCAUUCUAAUAUUGCAAAUUUUAGUGACUUGUUUGUUUAUCGAGUUGGUGGCGGGCCACAAGCCCCACGCUCUGCCUUGCCAAUUGGAGCAGAACCUGCUGCAGAUCCAACAAGAGUUGUACCUGUGAAUAUAAAUCGUGAUUUGCUACAUGUAGUCCUUGCUGUCUCAUUUGCCAAGGAACCUGAUGAGAUCAUUUCAAGCAAUAUUGCUGGCUUUAUCUAUGUAACCGACAUUGACAUUCUGAGAAAGAAGAUAACUUACCUUGCACCAUCUGCUGGAGAACUUCCAAGCAAGUAUUUAAUUAUGGGAUCCUUAACAUGGCUUGAGACAUGAGCUGAUGAACAGUUUUGUAACAGACACUCACUCUCUUGUUAGUUUUUGUUUUGAUUAUUAUCCAAUCUGAAGUUUGAUCAAUGCAAAUACUAAAGGUAAUUUAUGAACUCUUUUGUUGAGAGGUUGUUAGUCCUAGUGGAAGGCUGAUCUAUCCCUUUUUCAAGCACUAUCCAAAUUAUAAUCUUUCAUA